UAUUAAAAUUCGAGGGCCUAAUUUCGAAUUUAUAUACAUGUACGGUGCUAAAAAGGCGAAUAUGAAACCGAAAGUAAAUUAGAUAUGAAGACAUGGGGAUUGUAUAAAAGUUUCUGCCUCAAUGGUUAGAUUUACAAGGAAAAUCAAGAAGAAAUUUGGGCUAAAGAUGGCUCCACUUGUCAUAAUUUUACUGUUUUUCCUAAAUACACUAUACACGUCUAAAACACAGACAGUUCAUCGCACCAACUUUGUCAUAGUAGGGGGCACUGGUGAUUUGGCUAGGAAAUAUCUAUGGGGCAGUGCUUUGACACUGUUUGUUGAGAACUACAAUGAAAAUCAAACAUUUUCGUUCUUUGCUGGAGCCAGGGUUUCUCAAACAGAUGGUGAAAAAGCCCUGAUCGAAAUAUUAAAUGGCAACAAAUGUGAAAGAAAUGAUGAAAAAUGUGAAAAACUGAGGCCUAAAUUUAUUGAAAAUGUGAAAUAUGUGAUGCUGAAAUAUGAUGAAAAUUACACCGAACUGUGUGAAAAAUUUCGGACAGACGAUAGAACAAAAAUAUCAACACAUCAAAUAUUUUACUUGUCUAUACCGUCGGCUGCCUAUCAGAGUGCCUCUCAUAGUAUACAUACCCAUUGCCGUCAUGAAAAAAUCAGCUCGACAAAAGUUGUGCUAGAGAAACCAUUUGGACUGAACAAAGAAACUGCAGCCAAACAAGCUGAUGUUAUAAGUGAACAUUUUCGAGAUGAUGAAGUACUUAGAGUAGAUCAUUAUCUCGCAAAGUCUGUCUCUAAACAGAUCUUAAACUUCAGAGCUAAAAAUAGAGAAGAACUUGAUAAACUGCUAAAUGGACAGUUUGUAGACAGAGUUGAGAUUGUCAUGAAGGAGAGGAUUGGAAAUAAAGGACGACUAGAUUUCUAUGACCAGACAGGUGUAGUCAGAGAUGUCAUGCAGAAUCAUCUUACAGAGUUAGUUGCCCUUGUUGCUAUGGAGCUGCCUUUCAACGUUUCUGAUUAUAGGAUGAUUGAAGAAUACAAACUGACUUUGUUACAACAAAUAAAACCAGUAGGCAGGGAUGCUUUAUUGCUUGGACAGUAUUCAAGAUAUAUGGAAGAGGCAAGAAAUGAAAUAAAGAAUAUUGACCAAUCACAUCUCACUCCAACAUUUGCUGCUGCACUACUGCAAAUUAAUAAUCCAAGAUGGCGUAGGGUACCUUUUAUUCUGAUGUCUGGUAAGCAUAUGGAUGAGCGUUCAAGUCACAUUAGGAUAUUGUUUAGGGAAAAAGAGUUUUGUGUCAGUGGUUGUGCAGAUGGAAAUUCAAGUUUUACCAAAUACCCAAGGCAGUUGGUUUUCCAGAUUGGACACGGUCCAGUUCCAUCUGCAGGAAUACUUGUUUCAAAGUCUCUUUUUAAUCCAUCAUGGCCAGACACUAUGAAAGAACUCCCCAUGACCUCCAAAGACAGCGCUAUUCAUGGACAAAGUCCUGGAGAUUUUCACUAUGCUGUUCCGGUAAAAGACACGCCAGCUUAUACAAUGGUCAUUCAUGAUCUUUACCAUAACAUCAAAGAAACAUUUGUUACUAAGACUAGAAUGUUACUGCUGUGGGAUAUUUGGGAUGCAGUUAUACAAGAAACUAGUCAUAUACCUCCAAGGCUGUACAAGGAAUAUAGUCCUGAAAAUCUGAACUUUACUGUAGACGGCUUUAAGUUAAGAUAUAUGGAUCAAAGUCAUUCCAUGUAUGCAAGAAAUAUUGAUAAACCUGCUAUCAAAAGUAUGGCAGUAAUUCCCCCAUUAUUUAGAAAUAAAACUUUAUUUUGUAAACCCCUAAAAGCUUUGAUAAAUGCCCUAGCUUCAUACAUCUUUAGAAAUGCAGAAAGUUCUAUUAGAGAAAGAAAAAUAUUUCAUAUCGCUUUUUCUGGUGGUAACACACCUAUUAUUUUGUUUAAGGAAAUACUUAGCAGUUUUCCAAUGUUUCCAUGGGAGGAAACUCAUGUUUGGCAAGUAGAUGAACGCUGUGUUUCACAGAAGCAUAAACAGUCUAAUUUUUUCUCUCUACAUGAAAAUUUGAUUAAAUUUACUAAUAUACCGUAUUUCAAUAUUCAUCCAAUGCCUGUGAGCUUUGCAGGAAAAAUCUGUGCAGUUGAAAACAAGGGAAGUAAUUUAUAUGAAGAUAUGAUAAGUCAUUCAAUUCAAGCUCAAAAAUUUGAUCUCAUAUUGUUGGGCCUAGGCACAGAUGGGCAUACUGCUUCUUUAUUUCCAGGAUAUAUUCCAGCUAAAAAAGUUGAAAGACUUGUAGCACUAACAAAAUCAAAAAUUGAAGGAAGUUUUGAUAGAAUGAGUUUAUUACCUCCCCUUAUUAAUAAAGCAAGGGAGGUUACUGUUUUAGUUACAGGGAAGGAAAAGCAUAGUAUUCUACAGACAAUUUCAGACAUAAAUUUAACAAAUAAACAGUAUCCUAUAACUUACGUUUCACCAGUUGCAGGGAAUAUAUCUUGGUUUAUAGACAUGGAUGCAUGGUUAGGGCAUUGAGAAUUGUUGAAUAAAUGCAUGGAUAGAGCACUGUCACUAAUUCUGCCCCCCUUCAAAGCAGUGGAGGUAUAUUGCUUUGCAUUUGUCUGUCGGUCGGUCCGCCAGUCCAUAGACCAAAUGGUUUCCGAUCAAUAACUAAAGAUCGGUUAGGCCUAGGAACUUUGAACUUGGUAUCGGGAUUGGUCAUGACCAAUAAAUGACUGCUAUUGAUUUUAGAGUCAAGGUCAUAUUGACCGUGAAGGUAAAAACGGUUUCUGAUCAAUAACUAAAGAAGGCUUAGGCCUAGGAACUUCAAACUUGGUAUCAGGAUUGGUCAUGACCUAUAAAUGACCCCUAUUGAUUUUAGGGUCAAAGGUCAAGGUCAUAUUGAUCAUGAAGGUAAAACGGUUUCUGAUCAAUAACCAAAAUACGCUUAGGCCUUUGAACUUCAAACUUGGUAUGGUGAUUGGUCUUCGCUAGUAGAUGACCCCUAUUGAUUUGGGGUCAAAGGUCAAGGUCACAUUGACCUUGUAGAUAAAAACGGUUUUUGAUCAAUAAAUAAAGAAUGCUUAGGCCUAGGAACUUCAAAGUUGGUCAGAGGUUUGAUUUUGGAGUUAAGGGGUUAAAGGUCAGGGUAACAUUGGCUUUGUAGGUAACUACAAUUCCGAUCAAUAACUUGACAACCCAUGGGCCCUUGGCCCUCAAACUGCAUAAGUGCUUUGGUCAUAGCUAGUUGACUACCCCUAUUGAUUUUAGGGUCAAAGUCUCAUUGACCUUGUACUUUAAAAUGGUUUGUUACCAAUAACUCCACAACUCAAGUUGCCUUGGUUUAUAUUUCUUAUUAAACUAAAAACAUAUUAUUUGGUUAGAUUUGUGAUAACAUUGUCAUAAAAUUGCUGCAAACAACCUUUUUGGUCACAAUGACCUAGUGACUAGUCAUGACCAGUAGAUAACCCAUAUUGAUUUUUUGGUCACUUGGUCAAAAAUCUGUCACAAUAACCUGGCCACAUGACUAAUUGGUUGCAGGUAGGGGGCAUAUAUGUUUUACAAACAUAUCUUGUUGUUGAAUGGAUGUAGGGCUAGGGUGCUGAUAAUUGUUGAAUUCAUUUUUACAGAUUUUUAUGCCCCCACAAUGUGGGAGCAUAUAGCGUUGCACUUGUCCGUCUGUCCGUCCGUCAGUCCGCACUACCGAAUAGGGAUAGGGGGCCAUCUAACUGUAAACAGAACAAAGGAGAACAAUAGAAUUCAUUCCGUAACAAUAGAGUAAGGGGCCAUUGGCCCUCUAUUAAACAAUAGAAAAUAACAAAAGAAAUGGCCCCUUAUUCCAUUUCGGCCGGACGUCCGUCCGUCCGUCCCGAAAUCUUGUGAACGCAACUCCUCUUAAACCGGAUGGCAGAUUUUGCUUAAACUUACAGGGAUUAACAACCUUAAUGUGUAGAUGGUAGUAAAGGAAGGAAUUUUUGCUGUGACUAAAUUUAAUAGAAUUAUGGCCCUUUGUUGAUUUUUUC